UUUGGCCAUGCAGCAUUUCUUGUUUUCCUUCUGUGUUUUGCUGUCCUGUCUUUCCUUACUUUGUACCUUCAAACAAUCCUCGGAAUUUUUCCGUGUAGCUAACAAUGACAAUAAAUACCCUACAACAAAUAUCGUUAAGGAGAUAGUUCAGAUAUUCAGCUUAACCAGCUGCAGUGCAAUUUGUACCAAACGUGGGGAUUGCUCUUCUUUCUUCUACAAUGGAAUUUUACAGAGAUGUGUUUGUACUGGACCAACGGAUCAGCAGGCAUUACAAUCCAGUUUAGGAUAUAUCCAUUUUUCUUCAACAGAAACCUUUUCCUGGAUAGUUUUUGGAAAAUCACAGUACUUGCAUACUCAGAGCUAUAAAUUCUGGUUGGAUGCACAGAUUGAAUGCCGAAAACUCGGAGCGAAAUUGGCGGAGAUUGAAACCCCUGAAGAAAACAUCUUCUUAAAGAACAUUGCACGACAAAACGGCUACGGAAAUGUGUACAUUGGAGGAACAGAGGCCCUUAAACCAAACACGUGGAUAUGGUUCACAACUUUGAGCCCCAUUUUUGUCACCGACUGGGCCGAUGGUCGACCCCAGAAUCUCCCGGCUGAUGAUUUCUGUCUCGCUCUGACUGAUAUCUUCGACUACAAGUGGGACGACUGGGGUUGUCAUAUCGAGCGUUUCACUUUCAUUUGCGAGAGAGAAUUUGCGUAAAAGAAUUACUAAUGUGUUGUGUGCCCACCAUGAAUGAGGGGCAAUUUAAAAAGUUUUGAACACUACUUAUUAACAGUAAAUCGUUUAAA